CCGGCCUGCACUGCGGUGUUUCCCGCGCGGGCUAUCCCAGUUGGCGGGCGAACGGCGCGGCCUUUCUUAGCGCCGGCGGCGCUGCCGCAGUCAUGGGGUUCCUGAAGCUGAUUGAGAUCGAGAACUUUAAAUCGUACAAGGGUCGGCAGAUUAUCGGACCAUUUCAGAGGUUCACCGCCAUCAUUGGACCCAAUGGCUCUGGUAAGUCAAAUCUCAUGGAUGCCAUCAGCUUUGUGUUGGGUGAGAAAACCAGCAACCUGCGGGUAAAGACCCUAAGGGACCUGAUCCACGGAGCUCCUGUGGGCAAACCAGCAGCCAACCGAGCCUUUGUCAGCAUGGUCUAUUCUGAAGAGGGUGCUGAGGACCGCACGUUUGCCCGUGUCAUUGUAGGAGGUUCCUCUGAGUACAAGAUCAACAACAAAGUGGUCCAGCUACAUGAGUACAGUGAGGAAUUAGAGAAGUUGGGCAUUCUUAUCAAAGCUCGUAACUUCCUCGUCUUCCAGGGUGCUGUGGAAUCCAUUGCCAUGAAGAACCCCAAAGAGAGGACAGCUCUUUUUGAAGAGAUCAGUCGCUCUGGGGAGCUGGCCCAGGAAUAUGACAAGCGAAAAAAGGAAAUGGUAAAAGCUGAAGAGGACACACAGUUUAAUUACCAUCGCAAAAAAAACAUUGCAGCUGAACGCAAGGAGGCCAAACAAGAAAAAGAAGAGGCUGACCGCUACCAGCGCCUGAAGGAUGAGGUGGUGCGAGCUCAGGUACAGUUGCAGCUUUUCAAACUUUAUCAUAAUGAAGUGGAAAUUGAGAAGCUCAACAAAGAACUGGCCUCUAAGAACAAGGAGAUAGAGAAGGACAAGAAGCGGAUGGACAAGGUAGAGGAUGAGCUGAAGGAGAAGAAGAAGGAGCUGGGCAAAAUGAUGCGGGAACAACAGCAGAUUGAGAAGGAGAUCAAGGAGAAGGACUCAGAGCUGAACCAGAAGCGGCCUCAGUACAUCAAGGCCAAGGAAAAUACUUCCCACAAAAUCAAGAAGCUGGAAGCAGCCAAAAAGUCACUACAGAAUGCUCAGAAGCAUUAUAAGAAGCGUAAAGGUGACAUGGAUGAGCUGGAAAAGGAGAUGCUGUCAGUGGAGAAAGCUCGGCAGGAGUUUGAGGAACGGAUGGAAGAGGAAAGUCAGAGUCAGGGCAGAGAUUUGACCUUGGAGGAGAAUCAGGUGAAGAAAUAUCACCGGUUGAAAGAAGAAGCCAGCAAGAGAGCAGCUACCCUGGCCCAGGAGCUGGAGAAGUUCAAUCGAGACCAGAAGGCCGACCAGGACCGGCUGGAUCUGGAGGAACGGAAGAAAGUAGAGACAGAGGCCAAGAUCAAGCAAAAGCUGCGGGAGAUUGAAGAGAAUCAGAAACGGAUUGAGAAACUAGAGGAAUACAUCACAACCAGCAAGCAGUCUCUAGAGGAACAGAAGAAACUAGAGGGGGAGCUGACAGAAGAGGUGGAGAUGGCCAAGAGACGUAUUGAUGAGAUUAAUAAGGAGCUGAACCAGGUAAUGGAGCAGCUGGGGGAUGCCCGCAUCGACCGCCAGGAGAGCAGCCGCCAACAGCGAAAGGCAGAAAUUAUGGAAAGCAUCAAGCGCCUAUACCCUGGUUCUGUGUACGGCCGCCUCAUUGACCUCUGCCAGCCCACACAAAAGAAGUAUCAGAUUGCAGUAACCAAGGUUUUGGGCAAGAACAUGGAUGCCAUUAUUGUGGACUCAGAGAAGACAGGCCGGGACUGCAUUCAGUAUAUAAAGGAGCAGCGUGGGGAGCCUGAGACUUUCUUGCCUCUUGAUUACCUGGAGGUAAAACCUACAGAUGAGAAACUCCGGGAGCUGAAGGGGGCAAAGCUGGUGAUUGAUGUGAUUCGCUAUGAGCCACCUCACAUCAAAAAGGCCCUGCAGUAUGCUUGUGGCAAUGCCCUUGUCUGUGACAACGUGGAGGAUGCCCGCCGCAUAGCCUUUGGAGGCCACCAGCGCCACAAGACAGUGGCACUGGAUGGGACCCUGUUCCAGAAGUCAGGGGUUAUCUCUGGUGGGGCCAGUGACCUGAAGGCCAAGGCCCGACGCUGGGAUGAGAAAGCAGUAGACAAGUUGAAAGAGAAGAAGGAGCGGUUGACAGAAGAGCUGAAGGAGCAGAUGAAGGCAAAGCGAAAAGAGGCAGAACUACGUCAGGUGCAGUCUCAGGCCCAUGGACUGCAGAUGCGGCUCAAGUACUCACAGAGUGACCUAGAACAGACCAAGACACGGCAUCUGGCCCUUAAUCUGCAGGAAAAGUCCAAGCUGGAGAGUGAGCUUGCCAACUUUGGGCCUCGAAUCAAUGAUAUCAAGAGGAUCAUCCAGAGCCGAGAGAGGGAAAUGAAAGACUUAAAGGAGAAGAUGAACCAGGUAGAGGAUGAGGUAUUUGAAGAGUUUUGUCGGGAGAUUGGUGUGCGCAAUAUCCGGGAGUUUGAGGAAGAGAAGGUGAAGCGGCAGAAUGAAAUCGCCAAGAAGCGUUUGGAGUUUGAGAAUCAGAAGACUCGUUUGGGUAUCCAGUUGGAUUUUGAAAAGAACCAACUGAAGGAGGACCAGGAUAAAGUACACAUGUGGGAGCAGACAGUGAAAAAAGAUGAAAAUGAGAUAGAAAAGCUCAAGAAGGAGGAGCAAAGACAUAUGAAGAUCAUAGAUGAGACCAUGGCCCAGCUACAAGACCUGAAGAACCAGCACCUGGCCAAGAAGUCAGAGGUGAAUGACAAGAACCACGAGAUGGAGGAGAUUCGUAAGAAACUGGGGGGCGCCAACAAGGAAAUGACCCAUUUACAGAAGGAGGUAACAGCCAUUGAGACCAAGCUUGAACAGAAGCGCAGUGACCGCCACAACUUGCUACAGGCCUGCAAGAUGCAGGACAUCAAGUUGCCACUGUCUAAGGGCACCAUGGAUGAUAUUAGUCAGGAAGAGGGUAGCUCCCAAGGGGAGGAUUCAGUGAGUGGCUCCCAACGGACUUCCAAUAUCUAUGCUCGAGAGGCUCUCAUCGAGAUUGACUACGGCGACCUGUGUGAGGAUCUGAAGGAUGCCCAGGCUGAGGAGGAGAUCAAACAGGAGAUGAACACGCUGCAGCAGAAGCUGAAUGAGCAGCAGAGUGUGCUCCAGCGUAUUGCUGCCCCCAACAUGAAGGCCAUGGAAAAGCUGGAAAGUGUCCGAGACAAGUUCCAAGAGACCUCAGACGAAUUUGAGGCGGCCCGAAAGCGAGCCAAGAAGGCCAAGCAGGCAUUUGAACAGAUCAAGAAGGAACGCUUUGACCGCUUCAAUGCCUGUUUUGAAUCGGUGGCCACCAACAUUGAUGAGAUCUACAAGGCCCUGUCCCGUAACAGCAGUGCUCAGGCGUUCCUGGGCCCUGAGAACCCUGAGGAGCCCUACUUGGAUGGCAUAAACUACAACUGUGUGGCUCCUGGCAAACGUUUCCGACCCAUGGACAACUUGUCAGGGGGGGAGAAAACAGUUGCUGCUCUGGCCUUGCUCUUUGCCAUCCACAGCUACAAGCCAGCCCCUUUCUUCGUCCUGGAUGAGAUCGAUGCUGCCCUGGAUAACACCAACAUUGGCAAGGUGGCAAAUUACAUCAAGGAGCAGUCAACUUGCAACUUCCAGGCCAUCGUCAUUUCUCUCAAGGAGGAGUUCUACACCAAGGCUGAGAGCCUCAUUGGAGUCUACCCUGAGCAAGGGGACUGUGUGAUCAGCAAAGUCCUGACCUUCGACCUCACCAAGUACCCAGAUGCCAACCCCAACCCCAAUGAGCAGUAGCAGUAGUUCUGCCCUCCUACCCUGUCUGGAUCCUUAAGCUGCCCCUCUCCCAAUCUCUGGAUAUCUGAUUCCCAACCUUCCCCUACUUCCUGUCCCUGUUUGGUAUAAUCAUGGGAUUUAGGCACUGCUGUCAAGCACGAAGAGGAACAGAGGUGAUGUUAGUUCUGGAGCAAAAAUUCCUGAGCUUCAGGGAGCAUCCUGGCCUCUGGAAGGAGGUGCUGAGCUGAGCUGAACUGAGCUGAACAGGGCCAUCUGUCCAUCCCCCUUUCCUCCCUUCCAGACCUUCUCCCAUCAUCCAUAAUCAUGGGUCCUUUGGGCCCCCUUGCAUUUUGCUUGUGUGUGGGUAUGUAUGCGUGUGUAUAUGUAUCCGCAUGUGCGCAUGUGGGUGUGCUUGCAAAAUAAUAAACAGAUAUUAGAGACCCAUUUUAGAAGGAGCCUAGGAUGAAUUUGAUUCCAAGAGAGCUUAGUAUGACAGCACCCCGGAGCUGGGCAGAAGUAUUCCGGACCUCAUAGGAUUCAGGCAGUUACGUGAAACCGCCCUCAUUCAUGUUUUCGUUCAUUUUGUGUGUUUGUCAGACACAUACUGAAAACCUUUUUGUCAGACUCUAUGCUAGGAAUACAGAACUGAGUCAGACAUGAUCUCUACUCUCCUGCUAGGAAGAUGCUAAUUCAUGAGUUCCCGUGGUUAGCUGAAUCAGGUAAAGGUGCUUUGAAUUUGAAAAGAGGACGAUCACCUCCAGGCUUUCCGGAGGUCACUUUUUAGCUGGACCUUAAGUUGGUAGGAUUUGGUUGGGUACUAGGAGCAGAGCCUGGGCUCUGGGGACAGUUCUAGUCCCAUUUUUUAUUACUUUCUAGUUUGACGCUGGGCAAGUCAUUUGACCUUUCUGUGCCUCAGUUUCUUCAUUUAUACAAUGGGGCUAACAGUAUUUACCUACCUCAUAGGAUUUAAUGAUGUCAAACUCCUCACUGGAGGCCUUAUCCUUGCUUAGAGCCCAGUAGGUGCCAACACCUCAGAAUACAAGUCUUCACAUGCCUAAUGCCUGAGGGCUUCUGAUCCCAAUUGUUAAGGACAGAAGGAGCCUCCAGAUUUGGGAGAUGCUGAAUGCUCUGGUUAUUGGAAAAGUUCCAGGUCAUUGAUGGGGUUUACCUGGUAAGUGGAGGGCCUAAGGAACCCUAUAGCUUAAAUCACAUAUAACUGAGUGCCUAGAUCUCAACCUGGGUUGUGAGGAGGUAGGGGAGAGGUAGCCUGGGCCACAUCCUGGCUGAAUGCGUGUGAUGUUCCUUUUGGGAAAUAACUGUGUUAGUUGCAGAGGUAGCUCAGUGUGCUGCCAUGAGAUCAGUCUUUGCUUCUUCACAUCAUCAGACCAUCAUCACCUUGUCCUGAUCUGUAUACUACAUUUUUGUUUUUUAAAAGUUUAAUCAAUUGUAAUUACCCAAGUAAUGAGUGAAUUUUCUUUUUAAGAAAUUAGAAUGUUGCAAAUAAUGGUAGUCAUUCAACUACCAUUCCCCAUCCCAUCUUAAUUGCUGUAAUGUCUGUUGUACAUCCAUCUUAACUUUAAGACUUUUACAUGUGAAUUCAUUGACUAUAUUGUGUUUAAUGCAGGUGAUGUAUUGACUCAUUCUGCAGUUUUCUUUCUUUGCCUAGCUAUAUUUUUGAGAUCUAUGCAUGUUGCUAAAUGUAGAAGCAGUUCAUCCUUUGUAAUUGUUAGGUAGAUUGCCAUUAUGUGACUCUACCACAUUUUAUUUACCCACUUCUCAUAUGAUAGUCUGUUUUCUGUUUUUGCUUUUAUAGGAUGCUAAGCAGGAGCAUUUGUGUGUGUGUGUGUGUGUGUGUGUGUGUGUGUGUGUAUGUGUGUGAAAACUUACCUAGGGUGGAUUACUAGAAGCUAAAUUGCAGAGUCAUAGGCUAUUUAUACUUUUGUUUUUAAUAGAUACUUCCAAAUUGCCCUCCUGUGCUAUUUACCCAGUAUUUUUCUUGAGAUUGUCUUAGGUCUAAUAUUGUUAUCUACUUUAGUUUCAUCCUAAGUAGCGAUAACCGUGAAACAAUGGGUUUGAUGUGCUAAGUAUGUAAUUUUCUAAUUCAUAUUAAAAGGGACAACUAUCAAAACAAAUUUAUCUGUGCUCAACCAAAGAAAUCACAUACUGCUUGUGGUGUGUGUGCCAUAAUUUGGGAAAUGCUGGCAUAUGUGGAAAAGCACAAUUUGGGAGUCACCCUGAUUCAAAUCCUAGCUGCAGAAACUUGAGCCCGUUAGUUCACCUCCCUGAGCCUCGGUUUCCUCACGAAGGAAAGGAGAUAAUAUACACCUACCUUGCAGCCAUGUAAGGAAGAUGAAAUAUAUCUGAAGCUAUUUGGCUGACAUCUAGGUCAUCACAGGCUUUUAAAGGUAGUAAUUGCUAUUCUUCCCACUUUACAGAUGAGGAGACUGAGGCCCAGGAAGGUGAAGUAACCCAGCUACCAGGUAGCAGUGAAGGUUUGAACCCAGGCCCUCCAAUUCAGUCUUGUGUUUUCUCCAUUGUGAGGGUGGUUAUCAACCUUGGCUGUUCAUUGGAAUCACCUGUGAAGCUUUUUCUUUUCCUUUUUUUUUUUUUCUGUCUGCACUGUGUGGCUUUCAGGAUCUCAGUUCCCCAACCAGGGAUUGAACCUGGGCUGUGGUAGUGAAAGCCCAGAAUCCUGACACCAGUGAACUCCCUCUUUUUCCUUUUUAAGAAUCAAAGCAAUAUAUACACCAGUUAGAAAAUAAAAUAAUACAGAAGGGCUUAUAAUGAAAAGCAGCAGUUCCUUGCUGCACUCCCAUGUCCAAAGGAUGUGGAGCUCCUUGCUCUGGUCCCACGCCUGGAAAUCUAAUUCAGUAGGUGUGGAUGAUAAUCUGGGUAACUAAUCCCUACCUCAUGAGGUGGAAAGCAUUACAUGAAUUGCCUCAGGCUAAGGCCCUGGCACAUAGGAACACAAAUGCUACAAAGGAUUUAAAUCCUGAGGCUCAGAGAGGUGAGAUGACUUGUCUUCAGAUCCCAGUGGUUCCGUUGCAGAGCCUAGACUUCAACUAGGAUCUUCUCUGUUUGCCCAGUGCUUUCUCUUGUGUCACACUGCCUCCUAUCAUCACAAGACAACACACACUCAGUGCAGGCUGUGCCCAGAAGAGAGCGGACACUGUGGUGUGUUUCCAAGAGCCAGCUGGACCUGAGUGAAAUCCCUAGGGCUAGUUGGAGGACACUAGGUUGACUCCCUUAUGUUCUGGACCUAGUAGCCUUAGUCUGGGGACACAAACAUGAAUCAAAUCUUUAUCCUGUCCUUGAGGAUCUCAGUGUCUAGUUGGGGAGGCAAUUUAUAAAACAAUGUGAUUAGCACUGUGACAGGAGCAUGGAUAAAGGAAGAGCAUCUAGCUUAGGUAGAGGUUCAGGGAAGACAUCCUCUAGUCUAGGAGGUGAAACCUGAGCUGAGUCUCAAAGGACUGGUAGGAAUUAGCCAGUUGAGGAGUUGGAAGGGAUUUCCAGAUAGUGGGAACAGUAUGCACAAGACCUGCGGUCAAGAAACAGCCCACCAGUUCAGAAAUACUGAGCCAUAAGGUUUCCUGGGCUGGGGAAAAGUAGCAGGAAGUGAAGCUGGAGAGGUAGUCAGGAACCAGAUUUGAAGUGAGUCGUAAGAACCUGGCUAUAUAACAGAUUUACCUCAUAGAACACUUUGGUUCCCUAACUGGCUGUAUACCAGAAACACAGGGUGCAUCCUGGAUGACACCCCCCCCCCCCCACCUAAAAAUUGAGUUUCCAUAACUGGGUGGGGGCCUCAGGAUCUGGAGAGCUUAUAAAUGUGAGGAUGUCUAGGGUGCAGCCAGGUUUGGGAACUGUGGGUUGGAGACAGCAGAGGAGACUAGAUAAGAAACAAACCCCUCCUCCAACUAAUAAAAAAAUUAAAAAAAAAAAAAAGAAACAAACCCCUUUCUGGCUAACCAGUGUGGAAGCAGAUUAGGUUAGAUGCUCAAGCUGUAUGCUCCCUUAGUUUCCCAGUUCAAUUCUCACACUGUUUUAUAUUUGCCUGUUUUCUCUCUCCAAAUAAGCUAUAAGCCCCACAGGAGUGGGUGUGGGGCUAUCUUGCUACUAGUAUACCCCCAGCAAAAAGCACAGUGCCUGACCCCAAACAGGCAUCCAAAAAAUAGUUUUUGAAUGAAUGAAUGCAUGUGUGAAGGAGAAAAUGGAGACAGAUUAGUUAGGGAACUAUUGAAAAUACUAGGCUACUGAAGGGCAAGGGCAGUGGGACUGGAUUGGAGAUGAUAAGGUGUGAGCCAUUAAAGGAAGAGAUGUGCUUCAUCUUGGUGACUGAUAAUUGGAUGUGAAGUGUGACUGGGAGGAUAGAAUGAAUGCUCGUUAAUAGCCAAGAUUCCUACUCUGUCCCAGUCAUUCUCCUUCAUCAUUCAUUUGAAUCAGAAUCUCCUUCCAGCCUCCUCAGCAAUUGAAAUUCCUCAAGUUAAGUAAACAUUCUAUGUGUGCUGUGUGGUCUCCCCCUCCUCCCCAGCCAUUGAUUCAUUCAUUGAGUUCAAUAAAUCUUGGCUAAGCACCUCCUGUGCCCUUCCAAGGUGGAACUCUGACUCCCUCUUUCCUACCUCAGAUGUUUUUGAGGGCUUCCCCAGACAAGACUUAACAUCCCUUAUACAGUAACCUAAAGGGAGAUAACUCAAACACCAGACCUGUAAGGGAACCUACAGACUUCGUCCAGUCCCCUCCUGAGGCUCUCAGUGGGGAAGAAACUUGCCUAAGGCCCCACUACUAGGAAAUGUAGGAGCCAGAACUGGAACCUAAGUUCCCUUUCCACAUUGCCCCUAGAGCCUUGAUUUCUCCCAUUGCAGAUCAGAACAGGCAGAAAAGGCCAAGGAGAAGGUUGGCCUUUGAAGGUCACUGGUACUGGACAGGCGAACAAGAAGCUUGCCAGUUACACUGCUCCCUUUUGGAAGCCCUCAGCAGACCUGCCAUGCCCACAGUCCCUUUUAAGGGAUUUCUUAAGCAUGAGUUGCCAUGCUCUGUACCAUGUGACCUCACAAUCCUGGCCAAAGAUGACAAAGUUGGGAUAGUAUCUUACUCAUGGACAUCCAGUCUCUAAGCUGGACAAUGGCCUAUUAGGUGGACUGAUGUAAGAACUCCACCUCCUAGCCAUGGCCUGUAUGAGAUGACAAACGUAUGAAACAAUCAGAUCCUUUUUCAGGGAGGCUGAAUGUGAGGCAUUCAGAAGAAGUGAACAAUUAGAAUUUAGCAAGGCAGAGACGUGGUGGAUGAGGGAUGUCAGAAACUGAAUAGCAAAAACAAGGAGAAAGCUGCAAAAACCAUGAAGCAUGUGAGAAUGUGGGGCCACAGGUAGCAGAAGCCAUGAAGCAGCAAGACAAUGGGCCAAAAGGACAGAGAAGCCAUGAAGCAAUAGGAGCCACAGUGUAGCAGUAGCCUAGAGGAACAGAAACCAUGAGACAAAACCCUGAAUCUGUGAGAUCCACGGAGCAGCAGAAAGCUUGAACAGACAAGAUCCAUGAGGCAGCAGAAGCAAUGGAAACUGCAAGAGCCUCAAGGUAGCUGCAACCGUGUGGCAGUGAGGCAGCAAAAAUCAAAGAGGCAGCAGGAUAGACCAGGCAAGCAGAAGUUACAGCACAGAGAAGCCCCCGAUUAAUUGGAACUGAAGCCCCAGAAGCCAGGAAACUGCAGGAGCCAGGAGGCCCAGAAGCUGUGCCCCGAAGGCCACGGGCUGGCAUGGAGGGGAGCAGAGAGAAGGUAGUCAGUAGCAGUAGGAGGAGUAUAAACACUGCCAGAAAGAAGUUGAGUCACCAUUUUGAGAAGCACUAGAGAAGGGAGCAACAGAUGCCUGCAGCUGAGGGGGUGACAAGAUAAGCCAGGCUCUAGCGCUGCUUUGGAUCAUGAACCAUUUUCAAGUUUCUGUUCUGUGAGGCUGCCUGUGUAGCUGUUUUUGUCUUCCUUAUUUCCCUGUGAAUGCUUCAAUAAAUCUCCAUCACUAA